CUCUGAUGUUUACCACUCGCGCCGCUUGUUAACCGGCAAACAACAAACGGCCCGCAGCCAGCGCGAGACACGUAGGCUACUUACGGAGCAACACCGGUUAAACACACGCACUCCAGCCCGAGCGAAAUCGUGCAUAUAGAAGCGGAAAGACUGGCAUCUUCUCCCCCGUUUUAGACAAAGAGCAAGAGCGAGAGCGCUGACUCCGAGACGGACAUGGAUUAACGGAUAGAGCCGCUCUGCCUGCCGCCUGCGGCUGUGUGUCGGGCGAGAGGAGAGAUGGAUCUCGUUCUGCUGGAGGGCUCUCGUGUUUGGCUGAAAGAGGAAGGUGUGAAUCUGCCCUGCUCCAUAAGCAGCUUCUCUGGAGGAGUGGUGAUCUUUGCCAGUGACUAUGGAGAGGUGUACACAUGCAAGCUGAAGACUCUGAGUCGACAGCGUGUGUGUGUGAUGUCUGAGGAGAGCAGACAUGGAGUGGAGGAUAUGGCGACUCUACAGGAGCUGCAUGAUGGAGCCAUCCUACACACACUCCACCUGAGAUACACACGCCAGCUCAUCUACACAUACAUCGGGUCGAUCCUGGUAGCGGUGAACCCGUGUGUGUGUGUGGCAGGUGUGUAUGAUGCGGCGGCGGUGGAACUCUACAGUGCAGGGGGGCGGGGCCAACUCCCUCCUCAUAUCUACGCGCUGGCCAAUCAGACCUACCGAGCGCUAUGGCAACGCCACGACAACCAGUGUGUGCUCAUCAGUGGAGAGAGUGGAUCAGGGAAGACUGAGAGCACUAAGCUCAUUCUCCGUUUCCUGUCGUCGAUGAGUCAGAGGUCCCAACCAAUGAGCAGCCAUGUGGAGAACAUCAUCCUGGAGAGCAGUCCUGUUCUAGAGGCCUUCGGGAAUGCACGAACCGCCCACAACAGCAACUCUUCUCGCUUUGGCAAAUUCAUCCAGUUGCACUUCAGUUACCGUGGCAACAUCCUGAGUGGACAGAUAACACACUAUCUGCUGGAAAAGAAUCGUGUAGUGCGUCAGAAUCCAGGAGAGAGAAAUUACCACAUCUUCUACGCUCUGCUGGCAGGCGCGUCUACAGAGCAGAGAGAGGCCCUGUGUCUGUCUCCUCCUGAGAGCUAUCAAUAUCUCAACCAGUCCGGUUGCAUCACAGACAGCACCAUCAAUGACAAGCUCACUUUUCAGCAGGUCCUGGGUGGGCUGAGCACGCUACAGCUGUCUGAGAGUUGUGUUAGGAAUGUUCUGCAGGUUCUGUCUGCUGUUCUCCUCACUGGCAACAUCCAGUUCCUCACAGCAGGGGGCGCUGCAGUGAGCACCAACACAGUCCUAGGGCAACUGGCGAACAUGUUGUGUGUGGACUCAUCUUUGCUGUCAGAGGUUCUCACCCAGAAGUCCAUGAUGCUGAGAGGAGAACUCAUCAGCACACCACUCACUAUUGAGCAGGCUGAGGACUCACGUGAUUCGCUGGCGAUGGCGCUCUACUCGCGUCUCUUUGAUUGGGUCCUGCGCCGCCUCAACAAGCGUAUCCAUGGAGACAGCAGCCUCAACAAGCGUAUCCAUGGCGACAGCAGCCUCAACAAGCAUAUCCAUGGAGACAGCAGCUUCCACUCCAUCUGCAUCUUAGACAUAUUUGGCUUUGAGAACUUUGAGAUGAAUCGGUUCGAGCAGUUCAACAUCAACUAUGCCAAUGAGAAGCUGCAAGAAUAUUUCAACAAGCACAUCUUCUGUCUGGAGCAGCUGGAGUACAACAAGGAGGGCCUGGAGUGGGAGAGGGUGAACUGGAACGAUAAUGCAGAAUGUUUGGAUCUGAUAGAGACGAGGCUUGGUCUGCUGGCGUUGCUAAACGAGGAGAGUCACUUUCCCAAAGCUACUGAUGCCACUCUGCUGGAGAAGCUCCACUCACAACAUUCACGGAAUCAAUUCUAUGUGAAGCCACGGAUGGCCACACGCCAGUUUGGAGUCAAACACUAUGCUGGAGAGGUGCUGUAUGAAGUGUCCGGAUUUCUGGAGAAAAACAGAGACACCUUCAGAGAUGACAUCUUAAAUCUGCUCAAGGAAAGCCGGUCAGAUUUUGUGUACGAGUUGUUUGAGCGAAUUCCCCGUAAGAAUGUGGAGUCUCUACGGAAUUCCAAACAUGGCCGACUAACAGUCAGCCUCCAGUUUAAGAAUUCCCUUCAUUCCUUGAUGAGCACUCUGAGCACCUGCAACCCUUUCUUUGUAAGAUGCAUCAAGCCCAACAAUAACAAGAUGCCGGGGCAGUUUGAUUGGCAGCUGGUUCUGCAGCAGCUGCGCUACUCUGGGAUGCUGGAGACGGUACGCAUCAGAAGGCAGGGCUUCCCCAUCAGACUCCCCUUCCAGGACUUCUACUGCAGGUAUCGGCCACUGUUGAAGGGGAGGGGCUUGCCAGAUGGUGUGAGGGGGUGGAGCCUGCAGCUCCUCCGCCUACAUAACAGCACUGAAUCUGAUUGGCGGAUCGGGAAGACCAAGGUGUUUCUGAGAGAGUGUCUGGAGGUCGUGCUGGAGCAGCAGAGGGACUCUGAAAUUCUUAAAGCCGCAACGCUCAUCCAGGCCCACGUGCUGGGGUACUUACAGAGGAAGCAGUUUCAUCGGCGACUGCAAAGCAUUGUGGUCCUCCAGAAGAGCUUUCGAGCGUUGCUAUGGCGACGGCGCUACCUCAGGGUGCGGUGGGCUUCUGUGGUCUUCCAGAAGGUUCUGAGAGGCCAGAGAGUGCGACGCACCUACAAGCAGCUACUGGAAGAUGAACGAAAGAAACGGAGAAGAGAGGAGGAGAGGAGAAGACAGGAGGAGAGAAGAGAAGAGGAGAGGAAAAGAGAAGAGGUACAACGAAUCAGUCAGAGUGCAGAUGCAUUGGACCAGUCGGAGUCUGGCAAAGGCUCACAGAAAUCUGCAGACUCCCCUGAGGAAGACGCAGCUGCAUCUGCAGUCUCUCCUGAGGAGUCGUCUGGUGAGGUGUCCAUAGUUGAGGCGUUUCCAGGUGAUGCCACGGCCGAUACCACAUGGGCAGGCGACGAGGCGUGGCAGGUGGAGGAGGUGCUGCGGCUGGAGCGGGAGAUGGAGCGUCUGCGGCGGCGGAAGGAGGAGACGGAGCGCAGUCUGGGGGCGGAGUCUCAGGAGCGCCUGCGGCGUCUGCGUGAUGUCAUGCGUGAUGUCAUCGACGCCCAGGCCAGCCGCGCCGCACAGCACUUCCUACACGCACUCAACUUCCACGAGAUCGACGAGUGUGUGCGCAGCAUCGAGAGCACCCUGCCAGACACACACACACACACACACACGCAAACACACACGCAAACACACACACGCGCGCAGGCGGCUGGCCGAGAGGAGGAGGAUGUGGACGAAGGGCUCGGGGCCGAUGACUCGCCCAACCCCAGCGAAACCGGCCAAUCAGAGGGCCAGCGCACCAGCGGCAUCCGCAGCGGCGACGAAUCAGAGGAGGAGGAGGAGCUGUAUGCCAACGUGUGCAUGCCGCCGCCCACACAGCCACUCACAGCCAAUCACAGCCUGCCCUCUGGUAGUGGCCCCGCCUCCUGCCUCCUACAGCCAGGGGAAGGGGAGGAGCUUAUUCCUCCAGAUGAAGACUCUGAGGAUGAAGAUGUUGCCAUGACAACAAGGCAGCCUUCAUCUCAUGCCAACCAAUGGCCAUCACAGCAGCGGGUUUCCAGGGCUACCAGCACCAGCUCAGGAGCCCAAUACUACAGCUCUGAAGCAUCGAUGGAGGGCAGCGAUGAUGACUUUGACAGGUGUGACUCGGAUGGUGAUUCUUUGGGUCGAAGAGAUUCUGUCUACAGCUGCGUCACGCUCCCCUACUUUCACAGUUUUCUUUACCUGAAAGGUGGAGUGUUGGGUGUGUGGCGGCGGCGGUGGUGUGUGUUGCGGGACGAGACGCUGCUGUGGUUCCGGGCGAAGCAGGAGGCCCUGAAACAGGGCUGGCUCAGGAAGAAGGGCGGCGGCUCCUCCACGCUGUCCCGACGCAACUGGAAACGCCGCUGGUUUGUGCUGCGCCACAACAGCCUCCUCUACUACACCAGCGACAACGAGGACCGCCUCAAGGGGGCGCUAGACCUGCGCUCUGCAAGAGAGGUGUUUGAGUGCCCAGGCAGAGUUAACGGGAUCGAUGUGGUGAUGGCCGACCGUACCUACCACCUGACCGCAGAGUCUGCAGAAGACGCCAGCCACUGGUUCAGUGUGCUAAGUCAGGUGCACGGCUCCACUGAGCAGGAGAUCAGUGAGAUGAACGCUGAACAGGCCAAUCCUCAGAAUGCAGUGGGAUCUCUGGACGUCGGGAUGAUAGACUCCGUCUGUGCUUGUGACACUCCAGACAGGUUUUCCUUCGUGCUGCAGUUCUCCCAGCGGCUGCUGGAGUGCCGCGCUGACAGCGCUGAGGAGAUGCACCACUGGAUCACCCUGUUGCAGCGCAGCAAAGGAGACGCCAGGGUACAGGGUCAAGAGUUCCUUAUGAGAGGGUGGCUGUAUAAGGAGUGGGCAGGGGGCGUGGCCAGACAGCUGCGUCGCCGUUGGUUUGUUCUGACUCACGCCUCCCUGGACGAGUACAGCAGCAGCCAAUCAAACGCCCCGAAACGCUCCUCCCUACUGCUCACCAGCCUGUGCACCAUCACACACACACACACCCCCUCAGGUGACUGGGCGCUCUCUCUCUACGGGCGAGGGCAGGAGUGUGUUGUCGUGUUUAAGCUGCAGAGUGAAGCUCAGAGGUGGGCGGCGGCUCUCCAGGACGUGAUUGACAGCAAACCUCCAGUAGAGACACACACACAACAGCUGCUGCUGAACAUCAAGGAGAACAGUCUAAAUGCAGAGCUGGUGGAGCAGAUCUACCUCAGGAACCCCUUACUGCGCUACAGCAAACACUCCUUACGCACACCACUGCUGGCUCUACCCUACGGACCAGUGAAUCUGAAUUUGUUGGAGGGGCGUGGCCAUAGACGUGGCUCGCUGCACUCUGAAGCGUUGAAGAUGUUUGAUUGGCUGCUGCAGCUGGAGGGUGCGGCCAACCCGGUGCCAAUCAUCCAGACGCUGCUGCAGACCGCCUGGAGGCUCCGCCCACUCAGGGAGGAGCUUAUCUGCCAGCUGCUCAAGCAGACCAGUGGAGACUCCGCCCCUGUGAGCAACUGGCGAAUCAUGGCGUGCGUCUGCUGCAACUUCAGCCCCGCCUCCCGCCCUCUUCUCACACACCUCAAGUUCCACCUCAAGAGAGCUCGUGAGGGUCCUGUGGACUCUGAGGUGGCGUGUUUGGCGGCCUUUUCCUACGAGGCCCUGCGGCGUGUGUGUGGAAGAGCACGUGAGUGUGUGUCGUCCCAGCAGGAGCUCCAGGCCAUUCUGCAGCUGCAGGAUAUGAACACACACAUCUACUGCCACGGAGGAGGAGUCUGCAAGAUCACCAUCAACUCACACACCACUGCAGGAGAGGUGGCGAGGCGGCUCUUGAGGGGGCUGCAGAUGGAGGACAGCAGGAACAUGUUCUCGCUCUUUGAGGUCAGAGGUCAGACAGAACGAGCGCUGGACAGCAGGGCCGCCGUCGCCGAUGUGCUGGCCAAGUUUGAGAGGCGGACUGCAGAGGGUACAGAUUGCCGUCUCUACUUCAAGCUCUACUGCCACUUAGACACACACAGCGUGCAUCCCACCAGCAUGGAGUUUGCCUUCAUGUUUGAACAGGCUCAUGAGGCGGUCAUACAUGGUCGUUAUCCUGCUCCAGUGGAGACUCUGCAGAUUCUUGCAGCCCUGCGGCUCCAGUACCUGCUGGGGGACUACAACUCCCAGCAUGCCUGGCCCGAGCUGGAGCAGCUGUUUCCUGUCAGUCGCCUGCGCAGUCGCCUGCAAGCCUGCACGUCUCUCUCCCGCACUAACUCCGCCCCCAGGAAGCGCUCCUCUUUCCUGGAAGGAACGCUCAGGCGCAGCCUGAGGGGGAGGGCCAGGGCUGAAGAGUCACAGGAAGAGGCGUGGCUUGAGCAGGAAGUGUGUGUGUUGCGAGGAAAUGUCCAAGAGAAAUGGGCGCGUCUGGAGGGCAUGAGCCAACAGGACAGUAUGCUGAAGUACAUGAACAUCAUCAGAGAGUGGAAAGGAUAUGGCUGCAGCCUGUUUAAUGUGCAGUGUGCUGACGGAGUGUAUCCAGAGAAUCUGUGGUUAGCUGUUGGUCAGGAGAAUGUGGGCGUGUACAAGCGCGGGGAGGCGUGGCCUCUGGAGGUGCUGUCCUAUGAUGUCAUCCUGUCGUUUGGAGCGCCGCAGCACAACACGCUCUGCAUCAGCACUCAGGAGCGCCACCUACUGUUCCACACAGAGCAGGUGGUGGACAUUGCGAGGCUCAUGAAGACGUACAUCAGUCUCAUCGUGAAGAGGCGUGUCAGCACCUGCCAGUCAAUAAGUAACCAAGGGAACCAUUGGUGAAGAUUCAACAUGACAACCUUCAGAUGAACUUCCUUUGUGUUUGUGUGUUCAAGAGCAUGUCUGAGAGUGUUUCAAAUGUGUGUGUGUGUGUAGGAGCAGUAGCUGAAUUUUAUUUUAUGCAAACAGUCUUAACCAAAGAACAUCUCUGCAGGCAGAGACCAAGACCAAAGACACACACACACACACACACACAGAACGACAAUCCCAAUGGACAAGUAUAUCAUUCAAAAAAAGCAACCUAACCACACGUACGCACACAUAGAUUUAUACAACAAUAAAACAAGCAUCUAAAUUGUACAAGUACAAAUACAUCCAAAAUGAGACACACACAAUCUCAACUAUACACACACAACCUUAACCCAAAAUGAUAAUCCCCAACCACUGGCCCCCUCUCCCAUAUGCACACACAACCUUAACUGAAAAUGACAAUCCCUAACCACCCCAGGAUCCCCCAUAUGGUCUGCAUCCGACCCACAUGCACAGUUCCAUACGGAUCCCCAAUGUGGUCUGCAUUUGGUUCCACCCCACAUGCACAGUUCCAUACGGAUCCCAAGAGUGGUUCCCCCAGCUGGAGCAGACCCCAUGAUUCCCGAAACAGUUGUAUUUGUGUAAUGGCAGUAUAUGUUUUAUAUCUUUUAUAUAUAUUCUAAUAAAUAUUUCAUAA